AUGCCACCGACAACGCACCACCAAGCUCCAACCUCCCACAUCAACUCCAGCCAGAGUUCAAGCCCUCGAACCCGGCCCCGAAUCUUGACGACGGCAUUGCUGCUCCUAUCCGUUGUGCUAAUCGUCGGCGUGGCCACUCUCAAUCCUCCGUCGCCGAGUGCUGUCAUCGUUCGCGAACGCGAACAGGAGCCUGAAGACGCCCUUGACUUCGAGAAGCGAGAGGUGGAGAACUGCAUGCCGUAUGAUAUCCGCUCGACCGUCGUCGGCAACCGCGCCGUGAUUGAGUGGUCCACGAGACGCACUUACAUCCCCAACGUGAAGCUUCAGAAGGCCGACGACCACAGUCCCGCUCUCGCCAACCCGUGGCGCUCGUGUCACGAUGUCGCCUCCGACGUCGAAGUUCGGUACCGUCGACUCGGGGAGAACUACACCAUGCUCAUUACUGGAGAAGCGGAGGAGCCCUUCGCUAGGAAAGGAGCGACUACGUACACUACGGACGAAGCCACAUUCACUACACACUCAGCGAUCGUCGAGCUUCCGGAUGAUGAGAACGCGGCGUACGAGUUCAUUGUCGGCUCGAUCUUCCACGGCUGGUCGGCAAUGCACCGACUUGGUGCCAACGUCCCGUUCCGAGGCGAGGAGGCGGAAUGCUGCCGUCCGAAACACGUGCACACGGCGUACGGACUCAAACCCGGCAGUUUGUCUGUGCAGUGGAUGACCAAGGAGUUCUGCGGGGAAGGAGCUGCCCAGUUGCAGCUCGUGGAAGGGUACCAUGCCCAUAUCGAGGUGGAAGGACUCAAGGCGACGCCUGUGACGGCUUGGGCCAACACGACCCUGUUCGAAGAUGACGGUGAAGAGCAGUCCAAGCGCUGGCUGCACGUUGUGCGACUUGAGGGGCUGAAGCCGGAUACGCAUUACACCUACGUCGUGGGCAACGCACACUACUCCUCGUGGUCCAUUCCGUACGUUACCAAGACUGCUCCGGGUCCGUUGCAGCCUGGAGAGAAGCCCAAGCCUACACGCUUCUUGGUCACGGGGGACAUCGGCUACCAGAACGCCGCCACCUUGCCGAUGAUGCAGUCUGAAGUCGCAGAAGGGUUAGUUGAUGGUGUUGUAUCUGUCGGAGACUAUGCCUACGACCUGCACAUGGUGGACGGCCAUGUCGGAGAUAUCUUCAUGCAGGAGAUUGAGCCGAUCGCUGCCAGUGUCCCCUUCAUGGUGUGUCCUGGUAACCACGAGACGCACAACAUGUUCAGCCACUACUCUCAACGGUUCCGACUCAUGCCAAGCAACGAGAACGAAGGCGUGCAGACUGUGCACGUCGGUGGUCGCUCGAAGGAUGCGGAGCCCAAGGAGGUGUCUAACAAUUGGUUCUACUCUUUCGACGUGGGUCUGGUCCACUUCGCAGUUAUCUCGACGGAGAUUUACUUCAAGAAGGCGUUUGAAGCGGACGGAGACAUCAUCGCUCGCCAAGAAGCCUGGCUGGAGCAAGACCUCGCGAAGGCCAAUGCAAACCGAGAGCAGACGCCGUGGCUAGUGGUAAUUGGACACCGCCCCAUGUACUGCACCUCUGACAACACCAACUGCGGUGACAAGGCUGCAAUGCUACGGGACAGACUUGAGGACAAGCUCUUCAGGCACGGUGUUGAUCUGUAUCUAUGCGGCCACCAACACAACUACGAGCGAGCCUUUGAUGUGUUCAAGUCCAAGACGUGGAAGCGCACGCACAACAUGCGCGCCACCACGCACAUUUUAACUGGAGCCUCGGGGCAGUACCUGGCGUCGAUCAUGCGCAAGUCUUUCGAGAGACCGACGGAGGAAUGGGACGCCUUCCGCAAUUCCGUCUUUGGCUACUCGAGGAUGCAAGUUAUGAACGCUACACAUCUGCAUUGGCAGCAAGUUAUGGCAGACCCCGAGAACCCGGCAGCGCGCGGGCACUACGGCGAGGUCAUUGACGACGUGUGGCUCGUUCAAGAACGGCAUGGCAGCUUCGAUCCCCUGACUUGA